AGAUUUUAUGAGUGCAGUGCAGCAGAAGUUUCUCAUACCAGAAAAUGCAGCACUGAAAGUCACGGAUGAGCAGGGUAUAGAGGUGGAUGAGGAUGUCUUUCCUGAACUUGCAGGAGUCAAAGAGGUGUGUUUUGUCAUCUAUACAGCUGAAGACAUCCUGGAAACAGAAUCAUCCAAGAAGCUGCGUGACUGCUCAGACCUAACACACUAUGUGACACUCACACCUUGUGAUUUGACUGUCCUGAAGCAACAUGUGGAAGAGCCCUCCUCUCCAAGUCUAACAGAUACAUUGUCUGUCUCAACCACCAGCAGUCAGAGCAGUGACACAAGUGAUGCCGGACUUCAAAUGGUUCAGCCUCUAUUGGACAGCAUACAUGCAAGAAAUACAGUGGAGCAGAUUCUGACUUCCAAACCAGCAGGGGUGACUGUCAUCCAUGAGUAUGAAAAAACUGGGAGUUUGAAAGAUUCCACCAGGCGAUUAAUGGUGAACAUCAUUGUAGCUCACAUGCGUGAAAAGGAAGGGAGAACUGUAAGUAAAGCAACAAAAGGAGUUUCAUGCGCUUGGAAUCGUGUCACUCUUCCCAUCUUUGAAGGAUCCGUACUCCAAAAGGGAUAUGAGCAUUUCUAUGACAUUCAGAGCACCAAAGGUUUUCUUGAGUGGCGUAUCAAGACUGUGCAACGUCAAUCCAAAACCCCCACUGCAUCACAGAACAGUGGAACUGAAAGGAGGGCCCACAUCACAAAGGACGUUUGGUUUCACUAA